UCAUCUGUAGAGAGCUGCAACACCUCUGUGGAGGGCGUUGGCAAGAGAGGCGACAAGAGGAAGGUCGCCGCUGCUGAGGCAGGACCAAGCAGAAAAAGACAAAGGCUGGACAGUGAGGACCGGAAACAAAACAAACAAGGGGGAUGCAACACCUCUGUGGAGGUCGUUGGCAAGAGAGGCGUCAAGAGGAAGGUCGCCACUGCUGAGGGAGGACAGAAAAAAAGCAGAAAAAGACAAAGGCUGGACAGCGAGGACCGGAAAAAAAACAAACAAGAAGAGUUAAAGGCCAAAUAUGAGCAACUGGAACUCCUCGGUGCGGGAGGAUGUGGAAACGUGUACGCCGGCCACCGCAGGGCCGACAACCUACCCGUUGCCAUUAAACACAUCCCUAAUGAUGACGUCUACUGCACACAUGAGGACGACGAAGGGAACAAAAUUUCCAUUGAGAUCGCCAUCUUGCUGAAGCUGGCGGCCAAAUCGGAGGGGGCAUCGCCAUACCUUACCUUGCUGGACUGGUACCAGUUAGAGGAGGAGCUGGUGAUGGUGAUCGAGAGGCCCAUCCCCGCUACGGAUUUAUUUGACCAUAUCAUGGGCAAAGGAGUCUUCGUGAAGGAAAAAGAAGCCAAGAUCAUACUGAGGCAGCUGGUCGAUGCGGCGCUCGAUCUGGAGAACAAGAACAUUUUCCACCUGGAAAUAAACGUGGAGAACAUCCUGAUCGAGACAAGUUCGAAGGUCCCACAAGUUCGCGUUAUUGACUUUGGUCUGAGCUGUUACGACGAUAAAAAAAAGACUUAUCAUGAGUUUUUCGGAACUACAUACUCCCUAGAGAUUCUCCUUAGCAAGGGGUACAAAUCAGGAUCCACCACAGUGUUUCAGAUUGGAGCGGUGCUGUUUAACACCCUCCACAAAUUCGAAAAAUUUGACCCGUUAGUUUUUUAUUUAAAGCGUCAAAAUCUCCCCCAAAGCAUCUCCAAGAACUGCCUCCAGAUGUGCCUGAGAAUUGACAAAGCAGAAAAAGACAAAGGCUGGACAGCGAGGACCAGAAAAAAACCAAACAAAAAGAGUUAGAGGCCAAAUAUGAGCAACUGGAACUCCUCAGUGCGGGAGGAUUUGGAAAUGUGUACGCCGGCCACCGCAGGGCCGACAACCUACCCGUAAGUGCAACAAACAAGAUGACGAUACAAGCUCAUCGUCCAACGAGAAUAUCCCAACACUCGUCAGAAUUUCGCGGGUCGAAAAACAAAGGCUCACGGUCGAUUUAGCGUCCACCUCAGCAAUCACUGGCAGCUGCAACACCUCUGUGGAGGUCGUUGGCAAGAGAGGCGUGAAGAGGAAGGUCGCCACUGCUGAGGGAGGCCAGAAAAAAAGCAGAAAAAGACUGGACAGCGAGGACCGGAAAAAAACCAAACAAGAAGAGUUAGAGGCCAAAUAUGAGCAACUGGAACUCCUCGGCGCGGGAGGAUUUGGAAACGUGUACGCCGGCCACCGCAGGGCCGACAACCUACCCGUAACACACACACACGUUCCCAAACGCACACACACACACGUGCAGACACCCUCUGCCAAAAGUCUUGUUUCGUAGGUUGCCAUUAAACACAUCCCUAAUGAUGACGUCUACUGCACACAUGAGGACGACGAAGGGAACAAAAUUUCCAUUGAGAUCGCCAUCAUGUACAAGCUGGCGGCCAAAAAUAAAAAGGAGCAUGUGAGGAACUACAUCAGAGGAAGUCCAUUGAUGAGCUACGGGACCCCAAUUCUCAAAAAUAGGAUUACUGAAUAAAUACAUUCGUAUAUGAUCUAAACCAAAUGAAUUCUUCUUUUCUU